AUGAGUUCAGCGGUUAAUUCAGAUAUUGACCCAGAUUUAAUCCUCAAAAAGCUGAAGCAGCUUUUUCUAUACUACUCAUCUAUAAGUUCCCAAGACUCCUCAAGUUUCAUAACUCCACAAAAAUUCCUAAAGCUGCUUAAAGAUUCCGAAGUUCCAGACAGGUCGCUUAAACCCCAAGAUUUAGAGAUCCUUAUCUUGUCUGGCAAAAAGAAACAAAAGCAAAUCAACUUUGACUUAUUCUGUAGCAUCCUCAUCAAAAUUUCUAAGUCUAAAUACGCAAAUUCCGGAAUUUCUCAGUCAGCGACAAGUACAUUAUAUGCUUUGCUUAAUGAAAAUAUUUUGCCUUUAUUAGAUGCUCUAAUUGAAUCUGGAAAAAUCACACAAAUUGAAGAAAUUGAUUCUACAAUUGAUGAGGAAUGUAUAGAGAUCAUCAAUUCUGCAUAUGAAGUGUUAAAAGAAAUUUACCGAAAUAACUUUGUAUGGGAACUCAUCAGUUCUGAAGAGAAAUCUGUCAUUUCUCAGAGAUCGAGACAAACCUUUAUGGCAAUGCUGAACAAUUUCAAUAUUAUUCCAGAUUUAUUAACUCCAGUUGCAGCCAAUAAGCUAUGGCAAGAAAUUGCUGAAAACUCAUUUGAGUCUCUGAAAACAUCGAAUUAUGAAGAUUUGGGGAAAGUUUUUACAUUAAAGAAAUUUGUGGUAUUCCUGCUCAGAAGUGCUAUGAUUGGGAAUUAUGCUGGUAGAAUUUUGUCGUCAAGCGAAAAACUGUCAAUUUUCCUUGAAAAGCUUCAAAUGUCUGAUGGGUUUAGCCGCAUCGACAAUAGACUUUGUAGACCUCAUAGCGAAAGGAGGCUAUUUUUUUUACCUUCAAGACAUUUACUCUUGAGCAAUUCUUCGGCAUGCAUCAAAACUUUUCCCAUAAACACCAGUCGAUAAAUAACAGUUCUUACCGAGCAAAUAUAUUGACCAAUGAUGCAAAAAAAUAUCUGUCGAGGAAAAAGUCAAAACCAAAAUGCAUGCUUCAGCGAAAACAUGUCUUUUCUGUCAGAUCCUAAAGUAAUUGACCUGUUAAAUGGUAUAGCUAAAGAAGAUAUAAAGCUGAAUACGAUAAGUUCUGAAGCUCCUAUAGGUUUUAACAUAAGCGAACAAAUGUAUAUCCAAUUAGAGCUGCAUAUGGAAAAAAUAGAAAGCGUUUUUCGCUUAUAUUGCUCUUGAGGAAAUCAUAUGAACGCCAAUAAAUUAAAUUCCAGCAAUUUUAUAAGGCUUCUGACUUCAGCAGAGAUCAUUGGGGAACCUGAUGAAGAAAAUAAAAUAACAAGAGUUGAUGCAAAUUUGAUUUUUGUUAGCGUGACACAUAAGAAAAAUAAAACAAAUAAAGUGACGAUUAACUUUAAAAAAAAGAGCUAUUUAGGACCUAAAGACAAUGACUUUGGAAAAAUGAGCUUCCAACAAUUUUUGAAAGCAUUAGAAAUCAUCUCUGGAAAAGUCUACCAGGAUUUGCCUCAAGACCAAGCUUUUCUAUACCUAAUUAUAAUGGAAAAAAUACCUUUUGGUAACACUUAUUCUUUUUCAUAUAUAAAAUAUGAUAAAGGCUAAUCACUAUGAAUAUUUUUAUUCAUUGUAAUUAGGUUUAUCUUUAAUUGAAAAUCGCUUAUUGGUGCUUGAUUUCAAUAAUUCUACUGAAAACUACUUAAAAGGACUAUUAAGCAUAGUUAGAGAUCCCAGCAUGAGCGAAAUUUACUCAACCCUUCGUCAAACUUUAUCUCCAUAUAUCCGCUUAUAUCUUGAUGAAAAAAGCCAAUUGGACUUUCCACAAGCUGUCAAAUUUUGUACCGAUUUCUCAAUUUUCCCUAAUGUAAUCACAAAAGCUAAACUCACACCAAUCUUUUAUUGUUUAGCUGAUAUUUAUUCGAAAAAUUCUUUGGUCAUAUCAGGAACCCAAUCUUUAACAAAAAGUGCCAAAUCUUUGGUUGAGGCCCAUGAUACUGAAUGCAUAAACAAUGAUCUCUUUAUAGAUCUAAUUGCCAUGGUCUCAAUAGAAGGAAACCAAUCUGAAAAAAGCAGCACUGAAAAAAUCUGUAUAGCAUUAGAAAAAAUAUCUCAGAGCAAAGGACCUUCAUUGAUCCCUUUAAUGACUGGGUCUCCUAGAACUGCUGGGCUGCAUAGAUCUGACUACUUGAUGAUGGUGAAAAAAGAAGAAAAAAAGCAAGAGCCUGUUAUCAGCUUCAGAGAGGUACUAUUAGGUAGAAUUGAAGAGCUAUAA